CGGUAAGGGGUUUGUUGUGUCAAAAAAAAAAAAAGAAACAAAGUUAAAUUAAUUAUAAUAAUUAAACUAAAUUGUAUCAUGAUUAUUUAAAAGUUAAUUUGGAUGGACUUUUUCAUGUGAUUGUUUAAAAAUUUUAUAUAAAUAUUUACAUAAGGAUAUUUUUUAAAAUUAAUAUUUCUUUUUGUUUGAGGUUAUAUUUUGAUCUCCAACAGUUGACAGUUAGUUUUUUUUUGAGUAUUAUUAACGAUUGUCAAAAUAAAAAAUGAGUGAAAGAAUCAUGAGGAAACGAAUAAAAUUAAAUCUUAAAGAAAAUGAUACAAUAAUUAAAGCUGCUUGUAAUUCAGAGCCAUCAAAAGAAUUGUCACAAAUAAAUCAUGAUGGUCUUGCAUAUAUUUUUUCAUUUCUAACAAUAGAUGAAAGACUUCAAGCUGAACAUGUUUGUAAAAAGUGGAAAGAAGCAAGUCAAAUGUCAUGGUAUGACAUAAAAAAUCUAGACCUAAAUGAUGAUUCAUGUAUAAAAAAAUAUUUCAAUACUGAUUUUGUUAUUAAAAAUAAUAUUUACACAAUAUUAUCAAGAUGUGGAAAAUAUUUAACAAAUUUAUCAGUAAAUAAUGAUUUUGAUUCAACUGUCAUACCAAUUAUUGCUAAAUAUUGCAGUAAUUUAAUAAAAUUAGAACUUAAAUUAAGCAAUUAUGAUAGUGAAUUUUUUAAUAAUUCAUUUAGUAAAAUGAAUAAACUUGAAUGCUUGGUAAUACCAAAUUAUCAACAUUCAAUUCACGAAAAUCAACCAUGUAUUUUUGAGAGUGUUACUAAAAGUAUUAAGACAUUUCGUUUUCGUUGCGCAUCUGGAGAAACACUUCCAAAUAAUUUUGCAACAGAAUUUGCAAGGUUUAAUAAUCUCAAUAUUUUAACACUGGAAAAUUGGAAAAUAGACAAUGACAUUGUUGAAUUACUUGAAAUAAAAAAAGACACAUUGACACACUUAAGUUUAGCUGGUUCAACAUUUAACGAUAGUAAAUCAUCAAUUGGAAAGCUAAUAAAUCUUGAAUAUUUAAAUGUUGGUUGUACACUAAAAAGUUUAACAAAUGAAAAUCUAAUAAAUAUUAUAAAUAAUUGCUGUAAAUUAAAAUACAUCAACAUAAGUUGGUGCAAAGAUAUUACAAAGCCAACAUUUAUGUAUUUAAAAAAUUUAAAAAAUUUAAAUGACAUGUUAUUGAGUAAUGUAGGUAUUGAUGAUGAUAUUAUUAAACAAUUUAAAAAUUUAAAAACUCUUGAAUGUGCUGGUUCUACAUUAAUUACUGAUAAAAGUAUAAGACAUAUUUUAAAAAAUUCACCUACUCUAGAAAGACUUGUAAUUGGUGGUACUAAUGUGACAACUGACACAAUUCAUUAUGCUAUUGAAAUUAAAAAAUUAUACAAAGAUAAUAAGUUAACAAUAAUUUUAAAUGGUUCAGUAAUUCAACAAUACAUUGAAAAUAAUAGCUGUCGUAGAAUACAUUGUGAAGCUUAUCAAGUUACUGAUAAUUUAAUUGUUUCUAAAGAUUUUUUUGAAAUAAUGUAUUUAUUUAUGAGAUGUCGAUUUACACCUGUACAAGAAAUUGAAUAAAUAAUAAUAAAUUAUUUACUGUAAACAAUUAUAAAAAAU